GGCACGGCCAAAUCCUGCGCAGGGUCAGCAAUUAGUGCUCAGGGCUAAUUGUUGCACGGCAGCAGCUCGCACAGCCAUUAGCGCGCGGCAAGCCGCCUGCCCUGGCCCAGUUCCCACAAGGAGCCGAGUGCCGGGUUUGGGCACAGCUUCCCCGAAGUAAAACCCUUGCCCAAGCACGACGUUUUGCAGGUUGGCACCUUCCUGCUGCGCCGUGGCGAGAGAGCACCGAGCCCUACGGUGGCCACCUCCUCCCCGCAGGCGCGAGGCUUUUGCCAGGGGCUUUUUCCAGGUGGCCGAUGGAAGCGGCUCUGCUCGCCUUGCCCAUCCCCGCUUCCUGCUCACGGGCUUGGCCAUGUCACCGCAGCCAACUGUCCCCUUGCGUCAGCGCUGGCGCGGCCUGGAGGCGGUGGGGAAAUGCCCUCCCACCGUGACACAGCUCUGCCGGCAGCAUCUUCGUGCAGGGCAGGGACGGAGCCAGCACUGGUGCUGCCGCACGUGGAAGUGGCCGCAUCCAGACCUGAAGUCCUGCUUCCUCCUGGGGGUUUCCCCGGCAGGUCUGUGCUCCCAUCGUUGUGUCCCGCUGCCGGAGUGCAUCCUCUUCCUCCCUGCUCACCGACCGAGAAAAAAAGACGAUGUGAAUGUGCUGUAAGAACCAGGUGAGAUGGACGGAGAGCUGUCCUGUGAGAAGGUGGAUGGAGAAAUGCCGGCUGCCAUGGGGGAUGUGGGAGGAGAAAUGCCCAGUACUGAGGGUGAUGCAAGAGGAGAGAUGCCCAGUACUGAGGGUGAUGCAAGAGGAGAGAUGCCCAGUGCUGAGAGUGAUACAAAAGGAGAGAUGCCCAGUGCUGAGAGCAAUGUGAAAGAAGAGAUGUCCUGUGCUGAGAGUGAUGUGAAAGGAGAGAUGCCCGGUGCUGAGAGCAACGCAAAAGGAGAGAUGUCCAGUGCUGAGAGCAAUGCAAAAGUAGAGAUGCUGAGCGCCGAGAUCGAUGCGAAAGUAGAGAUGCUGAGUGCCGAGAGUGAUGCAAAAGGAGACGUGUCCAGUGCUGAGAGUGAUGCAGAAGAAGAGGCCCCUUGUGCUGAGGGCAGUGUGGAAGGAGAGAUGCCCUGCACGGACAGUGACGGGGAGGGAGAGAUGACCUGUGCUGAGACUGAUGCAAGAGGAGAGGCAUUGUACUAUGAGAGCGAUGGGGAAGAAGGGCCUGAUACUGAAAACCCUGCCUCUUCAAAGAAAAUCUCUUUUAUUUCUUCUCCCUUGAGGGCAAUUGUCCGCCUUCGACGGCGAUACCGGGUGCAAAAGAAAAGCCGUCUGCAUUUAGAGCUCCCUCGAGAAAAAUCAUCAGAGCAUGUCCAUACGCGGCUGCUCCAGAGGCAGUUUUCCCUGAACCGAUCCAGCCUGUACAGCUCUUCCAUGUCCUUCUUUAAUCAGAGUGGCUUUGAAACGUCACAGUACUUCACCUUUGACACAUCUGUGGAGCAGCGUGCAAUGAACAAAUCCAGGCGGAAAAAGAAACGAAGGAAAUCGCGGAUAGUCCUGUAUCCAGAUAAAACAAAAAGAUACCUUCCAACAGAGGAGAAGAGCAAUGCGAAACGCUGCCUCCUCUUGCUCAUUGUCAUCAUCUUUUUCCAGAUUCUCAAUGCUAUAGAGAACCUGGAUGACAACCUCCAAAAAUACGACCUCGAUGGUUUAGAGAAAACAAUGCACCGGGAAGUAUUUGGGCAGAAGGUUGCUGUGGAAAGUAUUAUGGAACUGCUGAAAGACUAUCUGGCUACCCACAUACACAACAAGCCUCUAGUAAUUUCUUUAAAUGGCCCAACAGGGGUUGGGAAGAGUCACGUUGGCUGGCUGCUGGCCAAACAUUUUCGUUCUGUCAUGGACAAUGACUUCGUGCUUCAGUACUUUGUUAUGCAUCACUGCCCAAACGGUGUGGCUCCUCUUACUUGCGAAAUAGAUUUGUCUAAGAAAAUUUCUGACAUGGUUACAAGAGCUGAAAUAGAAGAGAAGAUACCGUUGUUUAUUCUGGAUGAGGUUGAGCUCAUGUCUCCAGUCCUGCUGGAUACUCUCAGCCGAUUCUUUGAACCCAAUCAAACCAACGAGUUCCUGAAUGCCAUCUACAUCUUAAUAAGCAACAUAGGAGGUGGCGAAAUAACUCAGUUUGUUAUCCAGAAUGCAUCUGCUGAGCUUCUGCGUCAGCAGAGGGGAGCUGAAGAGCUGCUGAGCAUUGUCCAGCCUGUGCUGAUCCAUGCCCACCCUCUCUGGAAGUCUGCAGAUGUCAUCCCCUUCGUUCUCCUGGAGAAGAGUCACGUCAUCAACUGCUUCCUAGAGGAGAUGAGGAGGGAAGGGCUGUAUCCCGACCAGGACCACGUUGAGAAUUUAGCCAGCCAGCUCAGUUACUACACUACAGGCGACAAGCAGUACUCCAGGAUGGGCUGCAAGCAGGUCGUGGCCAAAGUCAACCUGCUGUAGUGACUUGCUGCAGAGACCAAAUCCUGUGCUCAGGAUUUACAAAAUUCUGGGCUUACAGAGGAGUGUUACGGCAGACUGUGGUCCAGGCGGCCUUCUGCCGCCUGCUCGGAGGCUGCCCUGGUCGAGGCAGUGGGACGGCAGCCCAGGCUCCUCUGCAGCAUGAUCGCUCUUCUCCAGAUGCCUCACUCGUUCCUGCUGUGCUGUGAACAAGGCACGGUCAACAAAGCCCAAGCAGCCUCCCAGUAAUUUGGAGACGCUUUGUUUGUUUCUCAUGUGCUCAUUCAGGAUACUGGUCAUUAAGGAGUUGUGAGAUGAGAACAGAUGUUGUGGGGAACAAACCAAAGGGAACGAACCAUGACCCAUUUGGGUUUGCUGUCUCGGCAGCAAAGGGAGCUGCAUCUUGCUCCUUCUCCAGGCUCAGUCUUCACCCCUUCGCUCUUCUUGAUCCUGGCUGGUGUUGUGCAAGGCGGGUGGCUCUGCAGAGCAGAGGCAAUGCUGCCAACAUUGGGGUUGCCUUGAGAAUGGAGAAUUUGUGGCUCCUCACCCCUAAAUGCCUGGGCAGUCAGAGCUCUGCCUUCUCCAUCUCCUACGUGACCGCACGCUCCUGAGGUUGCUUUGUGUUCUUGGACUGGUUCCUGAGCUGUUGCUCAGCUGAGCUCAUACCUGAGCUCACCUUUGGCACCUCCAGUGAGGUUUUUGCCCUGUGAGUCUGUCUGGGCUCGCCUCGAAGGCUGCUCAGCUGUGCCAGCCAGGGCAGAAAGCACUGCCGGAGUGGUUAGGGUCUGGUGCAGGCAACUUGUCCCGAGAGCUCUUCUGCUUUUUGCUCCUGGGUACACUUCACCGUGCUCAUUAUCUAGAAAGCCCAAAAUAGCAACUGACAGAUAUUAAGCAACACACACUGGAAAAGACAAUUUGGGCUGUCUGGGCCAAGGAUGGCGAGAUCUUGAGCCUGUUCCCAGUGCUGCAAGGCCAAAAAGAGGUUCUGUGCCACUGAGACCCCGUGGAGAGCAUGUGGCCUGAAAACACCUCAGGAAAAGCACAGGUCCUUGUUUUGAGCAGGCAAACGGAGCAGGUAUUUAUGGCAUUGCUUUUUCAGGUUUUGGUUUUGUGCCCAGAUCCCCUUCUACAGUUUGCUGUGAAUUAUCAUAUACAUAAUCCUGUGGAUGUUUGCACUGGUUGUUUGAUUUGCCUCUUUCUAACUGUUGACUCCAAAGACUUCUGUCACAAACUCCUGCUUCCAGAGCUAUUGUCAGGAAUAAAUCCAAACUAUCCUGAAUAAAAUCACUCAAAGUACUUUUCCUCUAUUUCACUGAAA